GAAACAUUCUGCUGACGACUUGGAUUUACGAUGGAUUUGCAUGAUUUGACGAACCGGCUCGAUGGAUAUUGAUACAUGGACUUGUGUGUCUGGCUGGUUGCUUUGUUUUUUGCAAUACAUGCCGCUGCGGGUUCUUUCAUGAUAUCUGACGAUCUUGAUGAUGCAUGCCAGGCUGUCCGUUGGGGAUUAUUCAUUCCCCUGGGAGCUGGCGCAUGGGAUUUGGCUUUUUUUUUUUUUUUUCGUUUCUUUUCACUUCGACAUCUUCGACAUUCUCUUCAUUUUUUCUUUCUUCUUUUCAUUUUCUUUUCUCAUUGACCUACCUACCUACCUAACCUUUUCCUCCUAUCCUACCUUAUUUACCUACCCACCUCCUUACUUUUUUUUUUACAGUUUCAUUUUGUCAUUAUCAUACAGAGGCGGGCUCCGGACGGGCAAUUAGAGUCGGGGCGUGGAACUGGCGUUUCGGAUGAGGAGUCGCCGUACCUAGGCAGGACUACCACUGUACCUUUUACAACCGUAUGGGUUGAUAUUGAUAGUGC